AUGGGUGGAAGAUCCUUUUCAGAAGGUCCUCUUGCCCUUCCUGCUCAUCUAGAAGAUCGAAACCCUGCUUCUACCUAUUCGCAUCUGAAAAGCAGUAGGGUGCGACCCUCACCUUGCUUAGCAUCAAAGCGAACUGAUCCCAGCACAGUGUCCGGAACUCUUGGUUGCCUUUAUCUAUGGAUAUAUGGGACCAUAGACGUCAAAUGCUAUACUAAGAUACAUGUUUUCAAUAUCUCUUUCCUCCCUCUUUUGAGAUUCCUUUGUUACUUCGUGAAUUGUGAUACAUCUUGGUUUGAUGUUGUCGUACAGAUCUCUAGAUCAAUUGGUGAUGUGUAUUUAAAAAAGGCUGAAUUCAACAGGGAGCCAUUAUAUGCUAAGUUUCGAGUGUGUGAACCCUUCAAAAGACCAAUUUUGAGUUCAGAACCAUCAAUUUCUGUGCACCAAUUGCUACCUCAAGAUCUGUUCAUUAUAUUGGCAUCAGAUGGCCUGUGGGAACACCUCACCAACCAAGAAGCAGUUGAUCUAGUCCAAAAUCAUCCAUGCAGUGGGAGUGCUAGGAGAUUAGUGAAAGCAGCAUUGCAAGAAGCCGCGAAGAAGAGGGAAAUGAGGUACUCCGACUUGAAGAAAAUCGAGCGAGGAAUACGUCGGCAUUUCCACGAUGACAUCACAGUUAUUGUUGUGUUUCUCAACUCAAAUCUUGUAAGCAGGGCUAGUUCAACCAAGAGUCCUAAUAUAUCCGUGAAAGGGGGUGGCGCCAUCAAUCUGCCUUCAAAAAUGCUUGGUCCUUCAGCUGUAGCUACUUGAUGACGCUCUUUCUAAUUUGUACUGUACUGUUCACAUGUGGAUACAGAUUAGCUACUUAAAAGUUAAGAGAUGCCCUUGAAUUUCUGAUGUGCCCUCUGUGGCGUUUAACCAAAGAAGGCAUAAUAAUCGGCAAUAGUUUCAAUACCCGAGGAGGCUGGAAAAUGAGAACUCCAAGAUGAUAAUAAUUGUAAUUAUGUUCUCUGGGUAAAUCUUUCAUUAUCUGUUGUUCUCUCCCUUGUGUCAUUUACUCCCUUACAGCUAAAAUGACUUUAUUGAUAUUUUGUUUGAAAACUGAUUAUCACAGUUGUUAUAAAUACUAGUGUCUUCACACUAGGCAGUGGCA